CUUGAAAGUGUUGUGUGUCUGCAGGCGCCUGGCUACUCCUUAGUCAUCAAGCGGCCGAUGGAUUUCAAGACAAUGCUGGCGCGGUUUGAGAGGGGGCACUACACGGCGUGGGACCUGCUGCAGGAAGACCUGGAGACUAUCUUCAACAACGCGAUGAGCUACAACCCGCCCGCUACCCCCUAUCACAAG